AAUCGUGUAGGUAAGGUUAAUGUUGGCAAGUUAAAUUGUGUGAAAACUUAAGGACUUAAUUAAAACCAACAACAACAAUUUCUAACUAUAACUUAAAGGAGUCCAAGCAACUAUCACACUUAGACGAGAAUAAAAAGAAAUAACUUUUGAAAUGAAAGAGCCAAUACAUAUACAAGGAACAAUGCUAAGUCGUGUUAAGCUGCGAAAGAUUUUAAAAGACCACAAAUCCGGAAACGAGAGAUUAGAUGAAAUACUGGCAAAGAAAUCAAAUUUCCUGGAUGUGGAUAAAAAGGAUCAACAACAGGAACUAAUUACGAUGGACUUUAGUAAAACGGAUACAUUUCAUCGUGCUGUUGCACCAAUUCUAGUAUUUGCUCAAUGUUUUUCUAUAAUGCCAGUUAUUGGUGUAAGGCAUGCAAGUCCAAAAUAUCUCAGAUUUACAACGAAAAGUCCACAAUUUUUCUGGACGCUGUUGUUUAUUUUUGCUGGAUUAGUUUUGGCAUGUGGAAUGAUGAGGAAAAUAAUUCGACUUGGAAUUGAUGCUAAAAAUAUUGUUGGAUUGGUAUUUUUUCUCUGCUGUAUGAGCGCGAAUAUACUUUUUCUUUCAUUGUCAACACGUUGGUCAAAACUAGUUCAAUAUUGGGCUGAAGUUGAGUUGACAUUUCUAAAGAAACCCUACUUCACGUCGAAGAGAAAUCUUGCAAAACGUAUCCGUACUGCAGCAAUUCUUAUUAUUCUUCUAUCAGCACUGGAACAUAUAUUUUUCAACUUAUCAAACAUCUACAGCUACAAUAAACAAAUGAGAAUUUGCAAUAUGACACGUCAAAUAUCAUUUGGACAUUACAUUACGAAUAGCUACGAUUAUGUGUUCAUCAUGGUUCCCUAUAAUACCGUGAUAGGUGUCAUUACACUGAUAAUUAAUGCCGCUCUCACAUUCAUCUGGAACUACAUGGAUCUAUUCAUUAUGAUGGUCAGCCAAGGGAUGGCUUAUAGGUUCGAGCAAAUCACUGUUCGGAUAAAGAGGUUAGAUGGUGAGGAAGUUCCGGAAUAUGUUUAUUCAGAAAUUCGUGAGCAUUAUGUUAAGCUCUGUGAACUACUGGAGUAUAUUGAUGAGAAUUUGUCAGGGAUAAUUCUGUUGUCAUGCAUGAAUAACUUGUAUUUUGUUUGUUCACAGUUGCUGAAUAUUUUCAACAAAUUACGAUGGCCCAUAAACUACAUUUACUUUUGGUAUUCCCUGCUUUACCUUAUAUGUCGAACAGCGUUUGUUUUUUUAUCAGCUGCUUCAAUUAACGAUGAAUCCAAAGCUCCAGUUGGAUCUUUACGAAAAGUUUCAAGGAAAAAUUGGUGCAUUGAGGUUGAAAGAUUGAUAUUUCAAAUGACAACCCAAACAGUUGCUUUAUCGGGCAAAAAAUUCUACUACCUUACAAGAAGACUUCUCUUUGGGAUGGCUGGGACAAUCGUGACCUAUGAAUUAGUGUUAUUGCAAUUUGACGAACCAAAUCGCUCAAAAGGUUUACCUGAAUUAUGCCUUUUUAGUUGUGGUUGUAGUUUAUUGUUAAAAAUGUCAAGUUCAAUUGUCCUUAGAAAAUCAUCACAAAGAAAAGGAACACAUUUUCAUGAUGUCGUUGGAUACCUAUUUAGGUUCUCUCAAAUGUUCGGUGUUUUUCCUGUUUCCAACAUAACCUGCCGGGAUGUCUACCAAAUUCACUAUCGAUGGCUGAGUAUACCAACAUUUAUCGCAGCCAUGUUUUGCCUCCUAAAUGGUUUGGAAUUUAUAGCAGUCAUUUAUAUGGUACUUAAGGUUGGUGUCAACUUUUACACUAUAGGUACUUUGGCUUUCUUUUGCGUUUGUUAUCUUGAACAAUUGUUGCUGUGGCGCCUUGCAACCAAAUGGCCACAAAUCAUCCAACUUUGGCAUCGAACCGAAGAAAUCUUCUUUUAUCAUCCAUACCGACUUUGUGGAACAUUUAACAUGAAUCUUACAAUUAAGCUUCUAAGUGGAAUUUUGCUUUUGAAUACAUUUCUUGAACAUUCAAUGUUUCUGGCGAAUGCAUUUAACACCAGUAAAAAGCAGAUAAAAAUGUGUGAUUUAAAUAUUACCUUUUGGGAAGUUAUAUUUCGAAAUGAAACAAAACAGUUGAAUUCAAUUUUCAACUUACAAUUGUGGAUGCUGCCAAUUUUAGAGUGGACAAACUUCUCAAUGGCCUUUGUUCUAGCUUUCACUGAUAUUUUUAUAAUGAGUAUAAGUAUUGGAGUUGCUGUUCGACUAGACCAAAUCAACAGGAGAAUAAACCUGGUUUUUGAAAAGCCAUUACCAGAAAUAUUUUGGAAAAAAGUGCGGAAUGAUUUUCUUGCUGUUAAAAAACUUAUACGAAUUCUCAAUUCACGUAUCGAAAAUUUAAUUUUAGUUUCUUGUGCCUAUAGCAUGUAUUUUAUUUGUCUACAAUUAUUUAACAGCUUCACAAAAAGUGGCAAUUUAAUAUCAAAGCUCUUCUUUUGGUAUUCUUUAUUGUUUGUUAUUGGUCGAACAUUAUUUAAACUUUUUGCUGCAGCUGCUAUCGAUGAUGGUUCAAAGAAAAUUUUAGAAACACUUAAAAAUAUUCCUUCAUCGUCUUGGGGAAAAGAACUACAGCUGUUUUUUGAACAGUUGCUAUUCGAUAUAACAGCUUUUUCUGGAUGUGGAUUUUUCUUUUUGACCAGGAAACUUAUAUUUGCUAUGGCUGCAACAAUUGUGACAUAUGAACUUGUCGUGACUGAUGUGAUACAGGAAAGCAAUUCGGGCAUUGAUCUAUCGGAUCAAAUCGGCUUCACAUGCUACGACACUGAGAAGAAGUCAAAAGUGAAAAUUGUGGAAAUAAGUAGCAUGCAAUUUAGUUUGGUUUGGUGCGACGCGACGAACGACGGAUGGGGCUGCAGGUUAGGAUAUUUUGUCAUUUUGAUUUUCCACUGUGAUGAAAGGUCGGUUUUAUAUCCAUCAAGGUUUCACAAUAUGAAGACGAAAUUUCUUCAACGCCCAAAGACACCUGACGGCAAACAUCAUCGAGGUCCGCCAUCGUAUUCGGAAAGUGAUUUCAAGAAGACUUUUCAUCAUAUUAUCGGGCCAUUUCUCCUGAUUGCACAGUUUAUGGGUGUACUUCCGGUGAAAGGAGUUCUUGAAAAGGAUCUGACAAAGGUACACUUUAGUUGGAUUCAAAUUGGAGUGAUUGUGGCAUUUGUUUUAAUCGCCUUCCUAACACUUGAUUUAAGUCUAUCGUUGUACAUUGUUAUCCUGAGAGGACUCAAAAUGUACACAGUAGGUCAAGUUUCAUUCAGUUUGACAGCUUUGUUAGGUUUUAUAGCAUUUCUUCGUAUAGCACAAAAAUGGCCAGAGUUGAUAAGGCAAUACACCAAUACCGAAAUGGUAUUUAUGGACAAGUCCUAUGAGACAUUAGAAUCGAAAAUGUAUGGUCUAGGUUUGAGGAGAAAUGGAAUUAUUUUACUGCUUGGAGUAUUGGUUGAACAAUGCAUACACAUAUGGAGUUCCCUUUACAAUAAUAAUUACCAAAUUCAUCAUUGCAACUUUACUGUCAACUUUUGGGAGAAUCUUUAUACCCGUGAACGAUUGCAUCUCUUUUCCGUGAUUAAAUUUAAUAUUUGGAUGAUUCCAGCUUUAGAGUGGCUUACAAUUUGUAUGCUUUUCGCAUGGAAUUUUAUUGACAUUUUCCUGAUGCUUGUCACGAGUAGUCUUGCUGUACGAUUCGGACAGGUCAACAAGAGAAUACAACGUUUUAAGUCUUCGCCGAUGACUGAUGAAUUUUGGUUACGUGCUCGAAUGGAUUUUAUAUCGUUGUUGGAUCUGCUUCAAGCCGUCGAUGAAAAAUUAUCAGAAUUGGUAUUGUUGUCGAGUGCAAGUAAUUUGUUCUACAUUUGUUUUACUAUUUUUCAAAGUUUUCAAUCCAAAGGAAACUUAAUAACUACCAUUCAUUUCUUUUACUCGCUGGGCUUUGUGUUGACGAGGAUUUUUAUAACAAUGCUUUCAGAAGCAUCCAUAAACGAUGCUUCCAAUGAUACGCUUUCUGCAUUUUAUGAAAUACCAAUUGAAUUUUGGGGAGUUGAGUUGGAGAGAUUUUAUGAAAUUGCUUCGGAUUUCUGUUCGAUUUCUGGCAAAGGUUUCUUCUUUAUCACAAGAAAAAUGAUGUUGGCUAUGGCGGGAACAGUGUUAACAUAUGAACUAGUAUUUUUCGAUCAAGUUACAGAUGUUGUGGAUCGAGUGAAUUUUUGCAUUGUUAGGAAGGUGUGAACUUGUGGAGGAUGAUCUUUAGCCAAUACAAAUAUCUUCUUCUACUAUGGGAUCACGUUGAAGUUGGAUUAGAACAAGUUCGUAUGUAAUGAUGGUGCCAGUGAUCUAUUAUAAAAAGUAACGUAAAAAUAAUAAUAUUGAGUUAUUUGCAUUUUGAUGUUUUUGAAAGAAAUAAAAAUAAAAUUGUAAAUUUGUUUUUAAACUUA